AUGGAAUGGGAGAAGUAUUACCUGGAUGCGAUUCUGGUGCCUUUGGGGUUUGUAAUAACAAUUUCUUAUUAUGUUUGGUUAUGGCAUAACGUUCGAACACAGCCUUUCAGCACCACCAUUAGAAUCAACUCUCAUAUCCGACGCAUCUGGGUUCCUUCCUUCUUGAAGGAUUUAGAAAAGAAGAACAUCUUGGCAGUUCUGUGCCUUCGGAAUCUGACGAUGGGGUGCACUCUUAUGGCCACCACAUCGAUCGUCCUAUCAGCAGGUCUCGCGACGGUGAUAAGCAGCAUCUACAGCGUGAAGAAGCCUCUAAACGACGCCGUCUAUGGAACCGAUGAGCACAAUGAAUACUUGUCGUCCCUCAAGUAUGUCAUCAUCCUCACCUUCUUCAUAUUCUCCUUCUUCUGUCACUGUCUGUCCAUCAGGAUGUUCAGCCAAUUGAGUACUCUCAUUUGCACUCCACGAGACGACGUCGUUGUGGCGUCCUUGGUGACCCCAAACUACUUGACUGACCUCUUGGAGAAGGGCUCUUUGCUCAACACUGUGGGAAAUAGGCUUUUCUAUUCGGCUCUACCUCUUUUGCUUUGGAUCUUUGGACCCAUCCUCGUUUUUCUCUGCAACAUUGCUAUUUUGUCUGUGCUUUACAACUUGGACUUUGUUGGUGGGAGCUAUGACGUGAAAGCGAAGGUGGAGACCAUAAGUGACGAAGGAGAUACCGAGCUUGUAUGA